AUGGUCAGACUCCUUAGUAUCCGUCAAAUAGGAUUAACUAUGAGGUCCGUUUCCAGAGGACUGUCAGUUUCUGCUCGUCGUCUUAAGGCAGAUGUUGUUGUCAUUGGAUCGGGUCCGGGUGGAUAUGUUGCCUCCAUUAAAGCUGCACAAUUGGGCCUGAAGACAGUGUGUGUAGAAAAGAACGACACUUUGGGCGGUACUUGCUUAAACGUUGGUUGUAUUCCCAGCAAAUCGUUGUUAAAUAAUUCUCAUUUAUAUCAACUCGUCAAUUCCUCAGAGAUGCAACACCGUGGAAUUGAUAUUGGAAGUUUCAAGCUUAACCUACCUGCUAUGUUGAAAGCUAAAGAAAAAGCUGUUUCAAGUCUAACUGGUGGGAUAGCAUACCUAUUUAAGCAAAACAAGGUUGAUCAUGUAAAUGGUUUUGGUUCGAUAGUUAACCCCAACGAAGUUGUGGUCAAAAAAGCUGACGGAAGUGAAGAACGGAUUGCAACUGAACGUAUUCUUAUUGCAACAGGCAGCGAAGUCACUCCAUUCCCUGGGAUUGAUAUCGAUGAACAGUCUAUCGUAUCAAGCACUGGCGCGUUGUCGUUAACCAAGGUCCCUCAACAUCUUAUAGUUAUCGGGGCUGGAGUUAUCGGCGUCGAAUUAGGUUCUGUAUGGAAGCGAUUAGGUGCUGAAGUCACUUGUGUGGAAUUCCUUGGUCAUGUUGGGGGUAUGGGCAUCGAUAUGGAAAUAAGCAAGAACUUUCAGAAAGUCUUGACUAAACAGGGUCUCAAAUUCCUUUUGAAUACUAAAGUUUUGUCAGCGUCAAAAUCUGGUGACACCAUUACAGUACAGUUAGAAGGUGUAAAAGAUGGUAAAUCUCAAAGUAUUAGCUGUGACACCCUUUUAGUGUGUAUAGGAAGGCGUCCUUACACCAAUGGCCUUGGUUUAGAAAAUGUUGGAAUCAGAUUGGACGAGAAAGGUCGAAUUCCCGUUAAUAAAAACUUUCAGACAUCUGUCCCGAAUAUUUAUGCUAUCGGCGACUGUAUACCUGGUCCAAUGUUAGCACACAAAGCUGAAGAUGAAGGAAUAAUUUGUGUUGAAGGAAUGCUUGGUGGUGCUGUACACAUUGAUUAUAACUGUGUCCCUAGUGUUAUCUAUACUCAUCCUGAAUGUGCUUGGGUUGGUAAAACUGAAGAACAAUGCAAAGCAGAAAACAUUCCAUACAAAGUAGGCAAAUUUCCAAUGUCUGCAAAUUCACGAGCUAAAACUAAUGAUGAAACUGAUGGACUUUUCAAGGCUUUAGCCCACAAAGAUACAGACAGACUUCUUGGAGUACACUUACUUGGUCCAUCUGCUGGUGAACUGAUCAACGAAGCAGUAUUAGCUAUGGAGUAUGGCGCUUCAGCUGAAGACGUUGCACGUGUCUGUCAUGCCCAUCCGACGGUGUCUGAAGCUCUGCGUGAAUCUUGUCUCUCUGCAUUCUGUGGCAAAGCUAUCAAUUUCUCAUAG